GAUGAAAAGGCGUGUGCAGGAUUACCUUCCGCUCAGAAAUGGCUUAAGGCCGCUCGCUUCGGCGGACAAAUAGGGCUUUUUUGCGUGUUGCUUUGUAUCAUAUUAAAGGUUGAUUUAUAAUAAUGCACUCGUUAAACUUCUUCGGCACGCUGCUACCUGGAAAGACGCAGCGGUCCUUGCUCGCAGCUUGCUUCGGCCAACUGCCAUCGCUACGACUCCUGCCGACGACAACCUUGCCGCUGCAGCAAUCCACAUCGGCUGCCCCACAGCCCCCAUUCCAAGCGACAUCAUUAAAACCGCUCCAUAGCAGCUUUGCAGAUGAGGAAAAGCGCAGUUGCUCAGCAGCAUCAACGUCACCGUUCCCUCACUACUCCUCAGCGAGUCUACGGCUUGCAGCUUUUUCAGCGGCACCGCCAACCUCCUUAACGGUCCCCGCCGCCCCCUUCUCCCUCUCUUCCUCCUCCCCGCUCGCGGCCCGUUCAGCUCGCGCUUUGUACGGCACAACACCGCCUGCCUUCCCAUCUCCAUCCUUUUCCACCUUCUCCUCCUCCUCCUCCUCCUCCUCCUCAGCCGCCGCCGCCGCAGCAGCACCUCCUGCCCACCCUCCUCCUGCCCGCCGUUCCCCCAGUCCCGCCCUGCGCGCCCGUCUGGCCGCCCUGCUGCCCGGCCGCGUGUCCGAGGCGCGGGAUGUGCUGACUCAGCACGGCACGGACGAGUCGUACCACGAGCCCCUGCCGCCGGACCUGGUGGUGUGGCCCGAGAGCACGGAGGAGGUGGCGGCGGUGGUGGCCGCAUGCGCCUCCGAGCGCACCCCCGUGGUGCCGUACGGGGCGGGUACCUCCAUCGAGGGACACGUGGGGGCGCUGUACGGCGGCGUGUGUGUGGAUCUGAGCCGCAUGGACCGGGUGCUGGAGGUGAAUGUGGAGGACAUGGACUGCAGGGUGCAGGCGGGCGUCACCCGGCGGCAGCUCAACUCCCACCUGCGCGGCAGCGGGCUGUUCUUCCCUGUGGACCCGGGGGCGGACGCCAGCCUGGGCGGCAUGGCGGCCACACGCGCCAGCGGCACCAAUGCGGUGCGGUACGGCACCAUGCGGGAGGCGGUGAUGGGCGUCACGGCGGUGCUGGCGGAAGGCCGCAUCCUGCGCACGGGUCGGCGCUGCCGCAAGUCCUCCGCCGGCUUCGACCUGACGGCGCUGCUGGUGGGCAGCGAGGGCAGCCUGGGGAUCAUCACGGAGGUGUCUCUGCGGCUGCACCCGCUGCCUGAGAAGGUAGCAGCAGCGGUUGUCACCUUCCCCGAACCCGGGGACACCGGCAGCACCACCAACAACAGUGAAGGAGCAGCAUCCUCCGGAGGUGGCAGUGCUGGGGGUCUGCGUGGAGCGGUGGAAUGCGUUGUCGCGCUGAUGGGGUGCGGGGUGCCGCUAGCUCGGGUGGAGCUGCUAGAUGAGAUGAGCAUGCGGGCCGUCAACCAGUACUCGGGGACGUCCUUCACACCCGCCCCCACGCUGUUCUUCGAGUUCCACGGCUCCCCCGCAGCGGUUUCGGAGCAGGCUGAGCUGGUGGGCAGUAUCGCGCGGGAGUACGGCGGAUCCGGAUUCGAGUGGGCCACCAACGAGGAGGAGCGAGCCAGGCUGUGGAGCGCUCGUCACACCGCCUACUGGGCUGCCAUCAGCUUGCGGCCAGGGUGCAAGGGUUUCCCCACGGACGUGUGUGUGCCCAUCUCGCGCCUGCCGGAGUGCAUCAUGGAGAGCCAGCGGGACGCAAAGAGGGCAGGCCUGCUAGCGCCGCUGGUGGGCCACGUGGGCGACGGCAACUUCCACAUGAUGCUGGUGGUGGACCCACGGGUCGGCACCGAGCUGCGGGCGGCGCGCAGGCUGGUGCGCCGCAUGGUGCACCGAGCGCUGGGCAUGCAGGGCACCUGUACGGGCGAGCAUGGUAUCGGGUACGGCAAACUGCCUUACAUGCUGGCCGAGCACGGUCGGGUUCCGCUGGAGGCGAUGCAUGCGAUUAAGGCUGCAUGGGAUCCGUACGACAUACUAAACCCAGGGAAGCUGGGCAGUCGGCCUGACGUGUUGGAAAUGCUUGCCGCGGAGGAUGAGCAGGACGAGCGUGAGGGGGAGGGGGAAGUGGAGAACAGUGUAGCAAGAUGAGUUGUGGGGAGGAGAAGGAGCAAGCAACAGGAGGUCGCGCAAGGGGAUACCGGUAUUAGAAACAUCGUACAACCGUUACAGGUGGAAGUAUAGAACAAUAUUCAGUGCUAAUGCCUUUACUUAUGUAACGGUAACGGGUAGGAUGGCGGGAACACGUUGAAGAUGGGGGAAUUGC